AUGUCUCAUAAUUCCAAACCAGACCACAUGACUGAAGAGGUCAUUACAGUCGCUUCUUCCGAAACAGUUUCUAAAGUGAACGAAUCAGUAGCAGUGUCUAGUGGUGCGCAAGAAAAUGAAAGAAACGUAGGCGAUGGUGAUCUCGAAAAAAGAACAAGAAACAACGGAGAUGUAAAAGUAGUUGAGAUGCACAAAACCCAAGUGAUUCUAGUUUUUGUAGGUCUUUGUUUUGGCAUGUUCUUGGCAGCAUUGGAUCAGACAAUUGUUGCAACUGCACUGCCCGCUAUUGCACUCGAAUUCCAAGCACUUGACAAGAUCGAAUGGGACAACUCAUCUCGAGGAACGGGAUUGGUGAGCACCAUCGAUGAAUUCUCAAAUCGUGGCCAACAAAUUGGAUAUCUAAUUAUUUCUGGAAUUGGGAUUGGUUCGAUUCUUCAAACAACUUUGCUGGCCGGACAACAGGUUGUAAAUUAUGAAGAUGUCGCGUCAGUGACAAGCUUGCUGGCUUUCACUAGAACAUUCGGUGCUGCGUUCGGUCUUGCCAUCAUUGGGUCGGUUUUCAACAAUGAGCUUUCCAAAAAUCUGGAUUCUAUCAGAAAUCAAUUAUCCCAAUACCAUUUGCCAAAUUUGACGUCAUCAAAUCUUAAUUUCGUGCUAUCUUCUAACCCUUUUGUUCGUCAACAUCCGGACUUGAUGUCACUCAUAAUCAAUCAAUUUACGAAAGCUUUGGAUACGUCGUUUAAAGUGGCUAUUGCGUUCGGAAUUUUGGUGUUUCUAACAUCCUUACUGAUGGGCAAUGAAAAGCCUGGCGUUAGUAAAAAGGGUGAUGAAAAUGGUGCAUCGACGGUCGUAUAG